AUGAAUCCAACCACAAACACUACGCAACCGCAACAACAAGCUAUCAACCCAUCCGAACCGGUUCCAGUCAGCCACGAACAAAAAUACGAAACGAAACCUUCGCAUACUGGACAAUCAGUUCAUUAUGUGCAUGAUCCAAUUUAUGUUCAACCUCAAUAUCAGCAGCCUGUCAUGAUGGUUCCUGUAGAUAUUGAUCAAGAUGCUGCAGAAGCUUCAAGUGCCUUCACCAUGGCCAUUUGUUUCUCUAUCUUAAUGACAUGUUUUGGAUGUGUUUGUAUGAGCAGUAUUCCAUUUUUGUUUGUUUGGGUAAUGUACAGAAAAUCGUCGAGUGAGAGGGCUAAAAGACUUUCCUCCCUGUCAAUGCUCACCUUUUUUAUCUUGCUAUGCAUGAACAUUGUUUUCAUAAUCAUAACUAUUUGUGUUGUGACAAUUGUGCCACCUGUUGUGAUCUAUACAUAA